UUUCGACAACUGGCCACCGCCGCCAUGCCGACUCGCCGGAGGCCCUCCUCGAAGCCUGUAGAGGUCCAGACUCCGACCGUGGCUGAGGAAAAGAAACCCCUAGCGGCGGAAGACCCGCCCUUGGCUCUGCCGAAGCUUGGCAUCAUCGUCCCCGCCGCCGCGGCGUUUUUCCUCCCCUUCUUCUACCUCGUGUUCGUUCAUUACCAGAUCGAGCCUGGGCUUCGGAGAUCCAUUUCCAUCAGCGCAGCCAUGAGCUUCGGCGCCUUCGUCGUGGCCGUAAGGAUGAUCCCCGUGGCGGCACGCUACGUGCUGCGCCGAAAUCUCUUCGGGUUUGACAUCAAUAAGAAGGGGACCCCGCAGGGAGCCAUCAAAGUGCCGGAAUCUUUAGGCGUCCUUAUUGGAUUUGUCUACUUGGUUGUUGCCAUAUUGUUUCAGCAUUUCAACUUCACAGCAGACUCCAAUUGGCUUGUUGAGUAUAAUGCAGCACUGGCUUCUAUCUGCUUCAUGAUUCUUCUGGGAUUUGUGGAUGAUGUUCUUGAUGUCCCAUGGAGAGUAAAAUUGGUGCUACCUUCAUUUGCAACUCUUCCCUUGUUAAUGGCAUAUGCUGGGCAUACUACCAUCAUCAUACCAAAGCCACUUAUUCAAUAUGUUGGAGUAGCUGUUCUUGAUUUAGGUUGGAUUUACAAGCUAUAUAUGGGCAUGUUAGCAGUUUUUUGCACAAAUUCCAUUAACAUUCAUGCUGGUUUAAAUGGUCUGGAAGCUGGGCAGACUGUUGUAAUUUCAACUGCAGUCUUAAUCCAUAAUGUGAUGCAAAUUGGUGCAUCAACAGACCCAGAAUAUCAGCAGGCUCAUGCGUUUUCUAUUUAUCUUGUCCUUCCCUUACUGACUUCUUCAUUGGCUCUACUUUCUUAUAACUGGUAUCCUUCAUCAGUCUUUGUGGGUGACACCUACACCUACUUUGCUGGAAUGGCUUUGGCUGUUGUUGGAAUUCUUGGCCAUUUCAGUGAGACACUGCUACUCUUCUUCUUGCCACAAGUUUUGAAUUUCCUGUACUCAUGUCCUCAGCUUUUAAAGAUAAUUCCUUGCCCAAGGCAUCGCCUACCAAAAUUUGAUCCUCGAACAGGGCUGUUGACUGGGACAAAGGAUGGCACCCUGGUAAACCUGUUCCUCAGAUUGUUCGGCCAGUGCACCGAAAAGAUGUUAUGCAUCAGACUUCUUAUUUUCCAGGCUUUGUCGUGUAUUUUCUGUUUCUGGUUGAGGCAUUUUCUUGCUGGAUGGUACAAAUGAGGUGAGAGAGCAAACCUGACAAAUUUACAGUUAUUUCCUGACAUCUCGACGGUAGAUUCCUUCGCCGCAACUGUUUUGAGACUCAUAAAUCUUUUACUCGCUGAUGAAAUGUUAAGAUUUCCAGCCGAUACUACUCACCAAAGUGUAAAAAUACCAUGAGUCUAUGCAUCGUCCCAAUAUUGAGUGUAUUUCAAGCUGAAUAGAAUCAUUCUACUCCACUCCUGUUAGAGUUUUUUUGCUCUUGUGAAAUGUUAUCUGAAGUAGAAGAUUUAUCAAUGAAAUUCCUGGUGUCUGAAACUUGUUGUAGAUAGACUUUGUAGAAACUACUCAAGAUAAACAAUUAAAAAAGAUACAUCUCUGUCAAUUGUUUAUCCAAAA